CAGCAACAACAACAACAACAACAACAACAGCAGCAACAGCGUCAACAACAAUUGAACCAGAUCAACAUGCAGAGACAGUACCAACAACAACAACAAUCCCAAACCCAGGCCGUUCAAUCUCCACUAAUGAGACAAAGACUUCCUUCAAAUGCCCCUACUCCAGGCUCAAUGCAAUCUCCUAAUUUAUCUCAGCAACAGAUACGACAAUCGCCUCUUAUUCAGAACCAACAAGUACCCAACCAGCAGUUGAUGCAACAAGGAUCACAAUCAUCACGUCAAUCUCCAGUUAUGGUCCAACGUCCAUCACCUCAAUUACAACAACAAAUGAGACCAUCACCAGCAACUUCUCAUGCAUCACCUCCACCAUCUAGUGGUACCAACACAGCAGGAAAUGUUCCUACAAUCCCUGCAAGUAUGGUUAGUAUGGAACGGUUUAAUCAAGUUAAAUUGAAAUUAGGUGAAGUUCACAGAAGAAUUCAAUUAUUAGAACAAAGUAAAACAGCUAGUGAUAUAACUCCUGAGAGAAUGGCUCAAUUGGAUCAAGAAAUCACUGAAUGGAGAGCCAAAUUCCAACAAUUCCAAAAGGUGGGUAUUCUAAUGAGGAACCAAUUGAUGCGUCAACAACAGGCCAAUUCUGCUGGCUCAAAUGUAGCAUCACCAGCUGUGAAUCAAGGAGCUCCUCAAGUUCUUAAUCAAAAUCAACAACAACAAGACUUUAAUCAGUCUGCUCAAUUCCAACAACAGAGAUUACAACAACAGAAGGGGACACAACAGCAGCAACAACAGCAACAAUUAAUAAAUGCUCAAAGGCAACAACAACUUCAACAAGCUCAGUUGGUUCAGCAGCAGCAACAGCAACGACAAUUAGCGCAGCAGCAGCAACAACAACAACAACAACAGCAGCAACAGCAACAGCAGCAGCAACAGCAACAGCAACAGAGACAACAGCAGCAGCAGCAACAACUUAACCAACAGAUCCCUCACGCUAUGCCUAGUAGACCAGCAACAGCCACUCCCAAAAUACAACAAGCUAAGCAAAUACCAGCUCAAGCCGUGCCUAUCAAUAGAAACCAAGCUGGUGUAGUGGCUGCCACUCCAGCUCCAUCUCAAAGUCCAUUACCAGGUACUGGGACUAUUAAACCACCAAUUAAUCCUGGACAAACUCCACAAAUACCUGCUCCAUCUUCGGCAACAACAGCAGUUCAACCAACUAGUGGUAUAGAUGCUAGUUCAGGUUCAGCAGCUUCGCCAGAUUCAGGAAAAUCUGAACAAAAAUCUUCAAUUAUGGGUACUAGAUCACCUUUAACACCAAAUGUUGCAGGAGUUACUAAACCAUCAGUACCUUUAAUACCUAUUUCAUCUACCAUUAAUGUUAAACCUCCAACUAUAGUGGCAUUUAAAUCCAAUAGUGAUGAUACAAGACCAACAUUAACUGGAGGAGCAGCCAAUGGUAUGAGUAUAUUUAUGAAUACCCCUGCUAUAACAAAAUUACCCACCUUUGAUUUAUCAAGUGAUGGAUCAGCAGGAGCAUUUUCAGCCGAAAAUGCUGGAGGUAGAGUAUUAACUAAAAGAAAAUUAACUGAACUUGUAAAUACUACGGGUAUAGAUGAAGGAGAUGGUAAGACUAUUGUUGAUGGAAAUGUUGAAGAACUUUUAUUAGAUGUGGCCGAUGAGUUUAUUAAUUCCGUAACAUCUUUUGCUUGUAGACUUGCUAAACAUCGUAAAGUAGAUACUAUUGAAGCUAAAGAUAUUCAACUUCAUUUAGAAAAGAAUUGGAAUAUUAGAAUUCCGGGUUAUGCUAUGGAUGAAAUUCGAUCGACUCGGAAAUUACAACCUAGUCAAGCUUAUAAUCAAAAGAUUCAAGGGGUUGAGAUUGCUCGAUCAGUCAAUGGAGAUAUUAAUAACUAACUAACUAACUAAUUAAUUAUAUAUAAUAUAUACUAUAUAAUUUAUAUAAUAUAUAUGUACGCUAUUUACUUAUCUUUCA